AUGGACGGAGCAACGUCUUGGCAUCGCGAGCUGGCUGCGCUGCUGCAGCGCUUUUGGGAGCUCGAGGAAGUAUCGCAAGUCAGCCGCCGCGCUCCAGAGGACAUUGAGUGCGAGCGCAUUUUCCUCGAUCACCAUCGUAUUUCGGAUGGCCGCUAUGUCGUUCGUUUGCCAUUGAAGAGCGACAGUGCACGGCUGCUCGGCAACAGUCUGCAGAGUGCCACGGCUGCCCUUUACUCGUUGCAUCGUCGCCUCCAGCGGAUCCCAGCGAUGGGUGCUGAGUAUGUGCAAUUUAUGGCAGAGUACAUCGAUCUGGGCCACAUGAGGCCACUGCCUGACGAUCUGCGCAUGGCAUCGCCCCGACCAGUGCACUAUAUCCAACAUUACGGCAUCUCGCAGAGCAGCGAUAAGGGCCGCAGGCUUCGCGUCGUGUUCAACGCCUCGAAGCCCACAUCGAGCGGCUACAGCCUAAACGACGUCCUCUUCGCGGGCCCUAGGCUGCAGACCGUGCUCCCCAGCGUGCUCCUACGCUGGCGAUGGCACCGAAUCGCCGUCUGCAACGACGUCCGCAUGAUGUUUCGUCAGAUCUGGAUUGACAAGCGUGACGUCGACCUACAGCGUAUCUUGUGGAGCCCUGAUCCAAACCAACUGCCCACGCACUACCAGCUGUUAACAGUCACCUACGGCGCUUCGUGUUCACCGUACCUCUCUUUGCGCACUGUGCAGCAGCUGUGUGAGGACGAAGGACACCGUUGGCCAAAGGCAGUUCCCGUGGUGAUGAACGACCGCUACGUCGACGAUAUACUCUCCGGUGCCAACGACAUCGCCACGGCUCGACAUAUUCGUGACCAGCUAAUCGAACUUCUGCAAGCCGGCGGGUUUCCUCUGCGCAAGUGGGUAGCCAAUGUGCCCGAGCUGCUGGACGACCUCGCCGACGACGUGCGCCUGCGGUCCACUUGGUGUCAGCUUGGCGCCGAAGGUCUCCACCAAACCACCAAGAAGACCAUGCUUGCAGCGCUCGCGGGCCUGUUUGAUCCAUGCGGUUGGCUUGCGCCGAUCGUGCUGAACGCCAAACUCCUACUGCAAGACUUAUGGCGAGCCAACCUGGACUGGGACGAGUCUGCUCCGUCGUCCAUGAUUCAAAGGUGGAUUGCCUUUACCGUCGAGCUCCAAGCCAUCUCCGGUCUAUCCCUGCCUCGUUGGAUCGGAACGGUCGCGUCAGCGAACAUUCACCUGCACGUAUUUUCCGAUGCCAGCCGCCGCGCGAUGGCUGCAGUCCUGUACUCUAGACUCCAGGCCACGGACGGUUCUGUCCGCUGCCACAUUCUCCUCGCUCGCACGAAGCUGGCGCCCAUCCGCACUCUUAAGCCAAUGGCCGAGCCCGUGGCCCGGAUGACGAUUCCUCGCUUGGAGCUCCGCGCCGCCCUGCUGGCUGCUAAGCUUCUGCGCUCGACGGCCGAAGAACUAGCAGUUCCGAUUGAGCGCUGUCACGCCUGGUGCGACUCGCAAAUUGUGCUGCACUGGGUUCGCUCCGAUCAGCUAUCCAACAACGCCCUCGUCGACAACUACGUGGCCCAGAUACAGGACACGCUACCCUCGACCGCCUGGCGGUACGUGCCGUCGCAGUCCAAUCCAGCCGACGUGGCCACUCGAAGCGCGGACAUAUCCGGUCUCAGACAAAAACUCCUGUGGUGGGACGUUCCGCCGUGGCUCGCAGACAGCGAUCGAGCCUGGCCCCAGGAAGCACUUCAAGAGGUGACACCCCUGCCGUUGGCCUGCUACGCCACCUGUCUGGCUGAUCCGAGCAUACUUGAACGAUAUUCCAAGCUUCACACUCUACUCGUCGUUCUCGUGCGCACUCGUCGGUGA